AUGGCACCCCAUCUGGAAAUUGGCAAAACGGCUUCAUACUACGAGGAGAUCAAAGCGCGAGUCGCUUCGCACGGUUUGGCAAUAGAAUCAGUCGCAGGGACCGGCGGGAUUGGGAUGGAUAGUCCUGCAUUUGAUGCGGUGAUAGAAGCGGCACAACAGGUUGGUGCCCCCGCAAUCGCCGAAGGUGCAGGUGGGAAGUCCGAUGAUGAAGAGAGUUUCAAACAGGUGGUCGAGUUGGUUAACGUGACGGCUGCCCGCACUUCGCAGGCUGGCAUUAAGCUAAGUCUGAAACCUCAUGUCAACAAUGCGGUAUAUUCAACCGAAACGGCGUUACGCUUUAUGCGAGAGGUUGACCGUGAGUGGGUGGGGAUUAAUUUCGAUGCGAGCCACAUUUGGCGGACGGCAGCUGCCGAAGAUCCGGUGGGAUCGCUCCAGCAACUGAGAGAUUACAUUGCAAUGCUGCGUAUCCGUGACAACCGCGAGAGUCGUGAGGGACCGAUAGGUCCUGUUGAGACACAAAUCCCCGGCAAAGGCAGUAUCGACCUUCCUGCGCUUGUUGCUGUCAUGAACACAAUUGAUCAUGUGCCUUAUGUAACGUUGGAAAUUGUUGGCACACAUGGUGGGACGGAUACGCCGCUUGCUGAAGUCCAACGGGUUGUGGAGGAGUCGAUGACGUAUCUGGAACCGUUGUUUGUGUAG